AUGGAUUUAUUCAAUCACGUCUCUGCGCAAGUGGCCCAAUUGGGCGACAGCCUGAAAGAAAGUGUUCCUCUGGAAGUGCGAUACUGUUUAGGCGCAGGAGCGGCGAUUGCAGGAAUUUACUUCUACAGGAAAUACAUCGAAGGCGGUCAAUUCAGAAAGGAUCAUGUCAAAAUGGAUGGAAAAGUUGUUAUCAUAACCGGCGCCAACACAGGAAUUGGGAAGGAAACUGCUUUGGAUUUGGCAAGGAGAAAUGCCAAAAUCUACUUGGCGUGCAGAGAUUAUGAUCGUUGCGAAGCUGCUCGUCAAGAAAUCAUCGAGAAAACAGGAAAUACUAAAGUCUACAAUCGACAUCUCGACUUGAUGACUCUGAAAUCUGUCAGAGAAUUUGCUGAGCAGUUCUUAAAGGAGGAAGAAAAGCUCGAUGUUCUCAUCAACAAUGCUGGAGUCUUAUUCCUUCCUCACUCAAUCACUGAAGAUGGAUGCGAAGUUCACAUGCACGUCAAUCACUUGAGUCACUUUUUGCUGUCUCAUCUUCUGCUUGAACACCUGAAGAAAGCUCCUCAAGGAAGAAUCGUGAAUGUGUCCAGUGUUGGAUACUCAAUGGCUAAGAUUGACAAGGAUGACUUGCAUUUAGAAAAGUCCUUCGCGAAGUUUAAGGCAUACGGAAACUCUAAACUCGCUCAAAUCCUUACAACUCAACGCUUUGCUAAGGAAUUGCAAGGAACCAAUGUGACGGUCUACAGUUUGCAUCCAGGUGCAAUUCAGACGGAAAUUGGGCGAAAUAUGAACAUUCCAAAGAUUAUUCAAUGGAUUCUCAUGCCACCGAUGCAUUUUCUCUUUGGAAAAUCACUUAAAUCCGGUGCUCAAACUACAAUUCGAUGCGCCGUUGAUCCUGAUUUGGCCACAGUUUCUGGAAAAUACUUCAGUGAUUGUGAAAUUGUCACAGAAAAGCAGCUAAAGUGGCAAGCAAAAGAUGAGGAAAUCAGUGAAUUCAUCUGGGAAGAAAGUCUGCGAUUGGCCAAGAUUCCCAGUGAUUUUGUCUACGGCAAGAAAUAUCAGUAG